ACCGAAACAGGAUGGGUACAGUCAGAGUUAUUUUUUUAGUUCAGAAUAUAAAGGUAUGCAUUGUACAAUAUGACUAUACUGUUCUAACAGUGCCAGAUCAUUCAAUAAAAUACAUUAUUUUUUAAAUCAACACAUAAACUGUAUGGACAUGUGAAUAGGUUUUAUAGAUUAAAUCUUAAAAUCUUCAAAUUCUAAAUUGGCAUUCUGUAGUAAAUUAUAUGUUGCUGCUUAUGACAUCCCAUGUGUUUUUCAGUGAAUUCCAUCUUUUACAAUCGAGAUGUAGCCUUUUCAAAUCCAGACAUGCAGUUUGCCACUCUUAUGGAAACUUAGAAAGAAUGAGGAAGUAGACGCAGCUGCUGUGAGACAAUGGUUUGUGUGAGAAGUGACACUAUUAGCGAUCCAUACAGUUUGGGCAGCAUUGUGGAUUCCUUCUCUUCCAGAUCAAUAAAUGUGACCUCAUUGUGAAAUUUCUUAGGCUAGUCCUUGACAAAAAUGACCCACCCCUUCAGUGUUUUAACUGGGCAUCACCCAAUCAGGGUCAGUGUUUUCAUGCAGUCCCCUGUUGGGAAGUCAAGUGUUCAUAACAGCUGAGGAGAAGGGUUGGCAGACUCUGCAGAGGAUGAGGAAUGGGUGCAAUGCAGCUGGUCCAGGGGCAGAGGGAGGAGCUGCUACAGGCCCUGUGCUGCGGAGGGUCUGCAGAGGGGCUAGAGAGCGUGAUCGACCUGCUACUGGCCUGGGACCUGCUGACAUGGGAAGACUACCAGGGCUUGUGCGCGCCAGUCCAGACUUUGAGCUCCAGAGCCAGGGGGCUGCUGGACCUGGUGUGCAUCAAGGGAGAGUCCGCCUGUGCUCUGCUGCUGGCGGCAUGUAGCCGGGUCUUCCCAGAGGCUCGGAAAGUGGUCCUGUCCUUUGGGGGCUGCAAGCCACCCCAAGAGGAGCAAGAGCCUCACCCUGCCACCGCAACCCAGGCCUUGAGGUGCCACAGAUCCCUCCUGGUGAGGCGCCUGCGAGGUGGCAUCACUGCUGCACUGAAAGCCCUGCUGGAGUCCGGCGUCUUCACGGCCUACGACUGUGAUGAAGUGCAGCUGCUGCUUUACACCCCAUCACAGCAGGCAAGGCGUCUGCUGGACCUGGUGCAGUCAAAGGGAGAGUCUGCAGCAGCCAUUCUGUUACAGCAUACCCCGACGUCUGAAGAAAACCCCACAACACCUGAAAAUGAGGAGCAUCCUGCAGAAUGCCUGCUGUACCAGAAGAAACUGAAAAGUUCACUGUCUGCUCAGUCACACUUUGUCAGCACUUAUGGCGGCACGGGGAACCUGUCUUUGGAUGACAUCUACACAGAGGGGCUGCUGGAAGUGGCUCAGGGUUCCGGUGAGGCCCAGCAGCCCCUUGGCCUGGAGGACAUUCUGGGGCAUGCGGGCACUCUGAACGAGGAGGCGGACACGGUGCUGGUGUCGGGCGAAGCUGGGAGUGGGAAGAGCACCUUGCUACAGAGGCUGCUCCAGCUUUGGUCCCGGGACACGGCCCUGCAAGACUACCUCUUCCUCUUUUCCUUCAGCUGCCGUCGGCUAAGCGCAGAGGAGCGAGAGGUCUCUCUCAGGGACCUGCUCUUCAUGCACUGCUGCUGGCCCGACCGGGGCCAGGACUUGAUUUUCCAGUACAUACUGGACCACCCGCACAAGGUGCUCUUCACCUUUGAUGGAGUGGACGAGUUCAGGCUUGGCUUCUCAGAUGAGCGGAGGCAUUGCUGCCCAACCCAGUGCGCCCCAGUGUCCGUGCUGCUCUUCAACCUGCUGCAGGGCUCCCUCAUGAAGGGCGUGCGAAAGGUGGCAACCAGCCGGCCGGUGGCAGUGACCCCCGUGCUGAAGAGGUACCUCCGAAAGGAGGUCUCCCUGCAGGGCUUUUCCACUGAGGGGAUAGACUUCUUUGUCAGGAAGCACCACAGCGAUCCCGCCGUGUCUAACCGUGUACUGGAGUCCCUGCAGAGCAAUAUGGCGCUGUUUGGGCUUUGUCACAUCCCCGUCUUCUGCUGGAUCGUCUCUCAGUGUAGCAGAGAGCUCCUGGGGGGUGGAACGAGUCCUCAAACCAUCACAGACAUUUACCUUAUGGUCCUGCAGCACUUCUUUCAAUGCCGCUCCUCAAGGCGGCUCAGCCCGGGUUUGGGGUGGGUGCAGGAAAGUGUGGGUGCAGUCAUUCGCUUGGGCCGGGUGGCUCUGGGCGGUCUGAGGUCCUCCUGCUUCAUGUUUUCUGAAGUGGAGCUUCAGAGAUGCGGAGUAACAGAAGAGGACAUCUGCACUGGGUUCCUAAUUCACACCAAGGACCACUCAUCCUCAGAGUGCAAACACUACGAGUUCCUUCAUGUCACCAUGCAGUGCUUCUUUGCCGCUCUUUUCAUUGUCUUGAACAACAACAUUGGACGCUCUACCAUCCAAGACCUCUUUUACCCUCAGUAUUGGCAGGAUUCAGUUCUGGCCAAAGUAUGCUUAGGGCCUUGUCUGUCUGCUGGCUCCCAGAAGAGGGAUCCUGACGGAGGUGCCCAGGAAGCUGAAAGGCCAAACCUGGAGAUAACCGCUACCUUUGUGUCUGGGCUGCUGUCUCAGAGGCAUCGAGAACUUCUCCUGCAAGCUUGCCCUGCCCCCACCCUGGACAGAAAGUGUACGCAGGUGGUCAGGGCCCUAUCCAAGGGCAUGCAGAAGCACUUCAAAUCAAUCCCCCAGCCCAUUGAGGGUGAGAAAAAGAGCAUGCACGCUAUGCCGGAGUUCAUCUGGCUAAUUAAGUGCAUAUAUGAGAUGCAGGAAAUUUCCGUUGCUAAAGAUGCCCUGGCUAGGCUGGAGGUGGAACACCUGAAGCUGACCUACUGCAACAUUGGGCCGGUGGAGUGUACUGCCCUGGCAUAUGUGCUACAGCACCUGAGGACCUCAGUGGGACUUCAGCUGGACUACAACUUUGUGGGCGAUGUCGGCGUGGAGCAGCUGCUGCCCUGUCUGGAAAUCUGUCACUCAAUAUAUCUCAGGAACAAUAACAUAUCAGAUGAGGGAAUCCGCAAACUGAUUGACAAGGGUAUCCAGUGUGAGAAUCUCCAGAAGAUUGCGCUCUUUAAUAACAAGUUAACUGAUGCCUGCACAAAGCACUUCGCUGAACUUCUGAAAAGGAAGCAACAUUUUCUCUCAUUAAGGCUGGGAAACAAUUACAUCACUGCUGUGGGGGCAGAGCAGCUGGCAGAUGGCUUGAGAUCAAACAGAUCACUGCAGUUCUUGGGGCUGUGGGGGAACAAAGUAAGAGACCGGGGGGCAAAGGCACUGGCACAGGCUCUGCAGGAAAGCCCCAGUCUGGUGUGGCUCAGUCUGGUAGACAAUGGGAUUGGUAGUGAUGGAGCGUGUGCUCUGGCUGAACUCAUCAGGAGCAGUAAGACCCUUGAGGAUAUGUGGUUAACCAAGAACUGCAUUACUAGAGAAGGGGUAGAAUAUCUACUACAGGCACUGGAGAAAAACACCAGUGUGAAAUCAAUCUGGUUGAGAGGUAAUGAGCUGAGCCCAGAGGAAGUGGAGGAAGUCACCCAGAGAGAGAGCCGAGUAGUCUUCUGAUGACAUCACAUCCUCUCUGACUUAGUCAUAACUGCGGCUUCAUGAACUCACUAAUGGGAAGAGCUUGAACUGUCAGUUAUCAGCUUGUAUGAUAGCCUCACCCAUCUAGGAGUUCAUGCACAGUGCGACCUUCACACUUCCAAGAACAUAACCCACUAGUAAAAUGUAUCCUAUCCUUUGUGUAUUACUUAAAGAAAUAUUUUUAAAAGACUGUUUAUAUUUAUAAUGAUUUAUCUUGGAAAGGUUCUCAUUUUGUAUUUAACAGUAUGAUUAGGGAUAAAAGCUCCAUGUUUACAUUGUGCAAAUGAUUACAUAGAGGUAAGAGGUAAAACAUUUAUUUUGAACUGAUUAAAUUAAAAUGAAUCAGUUGCUUUGGAAAUGAUAAUGAGCAAAAUCUGCAUUGUAGGUUUGACUCAUUAUCAUUUUCUUUGACUUCUUUGAAUUCUUCAUUAAACCAAAUGGUUAGUUUUAGUGCCCACAUGUUCACCAAUUGGGAGUCUGUUCAUUCACCUCAGUUAAACAAACAUACCUCUCUUUAUGUAAUCAUUUGCAAUGUUGCACAAUUUGCAAUAUUGCACAAUAUUGUACUAUUAUUCUUUACGACAUAGCUAUUUCUGACAUAAUGUAGCUUAAGAGCAUGAAUAAUCCAUUGAAACAUGAAAAGUGCAAAGAAUAAAAAUGAGCAGCUUGUUAAUUCUGGGAUUGUAACUGUGGUAAGAUAAAAAAACUUGCACACACAGGGCUCCCCAGGAUCAAGUUAGAAAACCACUACUCUAGAUAAAGCCUUCAUAUUUGGCAAGAAGAGGUUAAAAUUGUGGAUACAUAUCUUCAUUCUCCACACUCAUACACGGAGAAUAUUCAUGACAAGAUGUUUGCAUAACAGUUGAUAUUUGGUGCCAUUGUAACAGGAAUCAAGGGGACUAACUUCCCUCAGGUUGAUUUAGAUUGUUUCAUGAAAUCAAAAGUUAUGUCACAGUUAGCCUGCCUAGCCAUUAGCCAGGUGAUAUUUCUGGUUGUCACAUUUGGCAUAGCAUGUUGCAUAAAAAGGUUUAAUGUCACCCUUUUAGGAACAUGACAUUUGCUAAUGUAGGAUCUAUGAAGCCAUUAUGUUAUGUUUAUGAAGGCAUUAGGAUGGCAGGUAUGCCACUUUGCCAUGUUAUGCCUUGGCAGGGCAGCAUUCCCCAUACCUAUAGAGCACAUAGAGUUUGGCACUUUUCAGGGGUUCCUACAGAAAUAACUCGACCCUCAGCCCUUAAAAACAUUUCUGUACCUACUGACCUCACUCAAUAAAGCUCCAAACUUGA